AUGAAAACUCAUGCGAAGACGCUGCCUCCGUUCAAAAUUCACGAAGGAACGGUCAAGCAGGACUUCGAAAAGCUUCACAAAGACGGAAGAUCUCUGCUGGAAUCGGACGAAAAGUACCUUGUUUUCUGCGGACUCGCAGAAUUCACAGACCGAGCGUGUGUCCACGUGGAUUUGAAAAAUCCAACUAAGAAUGUGAGCUCAUUCCUUGCAAUUCGAAGAUCGCGAAACUUUCAGGCAAUCCUGUUCAAUAUUCGCAAGCCGGAAGCCCCCGGAUUCUUCGUGCGACCGCACGUCGGAAUGGUGGAACCGUCGAAGAAAGUGACGCUGUACUUUACAUUCAAAGGAACGUGCUCGCGUCUUCCGUCCGACUACUGCUGGAUCUACUCGGUCUACCAAAUCUCGAUCGAUCAAAAGUCGCUGGAGUUUAUCAAACUCGAUGAGUUCGGCUCGACAAACCUGAGAGCCGUGUGGAAUGAGCAGGGAAGAGGCGACAUCGCGAACAUUCUGCAUCUGUCGAGCCGGUUUGACAUAACGGCGAAGCCAAAGUUCACGUGCAAGAACCAUAAAAAUAAGGCGAGAAGGAUUCAGUUAAACGAAAUCGGAGAAGUUUGUGAGUGAAGCGAGAAAGUCUGGAAUGGGUCUGAAAAGGUGAAUUGCAGUGGACACGGGAACGAUCGAGGAAUCGGGGACUCCGGCAGCUCGCUCCGCAUCCAAGAGAACUCCGCAGAGCACGAUCUCAGAGCUUCCGAAGACUGCACAGUAG